GACAGUAUAAAAUCAGGAGUCAGCGUACGAACCAGCAGCAUCUCAGAAGAGAGACUAAGCUACAGAAGGCUUAACCACAGCCAUGGAUACUGUCAAACAUCAGAAAAAGAAUACUUCAGCACUCAAAAAAUCUAAGUCUGUGAAGAACAUCAAUCAUUACACAAAUGUACACGGUCUGCCUUCUAUCGAGAAGAUUGUGAGCUCAGUGGAGGACACCCCCAGGCCCAUCAGCACCCAGAUCGUUGGUACAAUCCCAGAAUGGAUCAAAGGAAACUUCCUGAGAAAUGGGCCCGGAAAGUUUGAGAUCGGAAACCACAAAUUUAACCACUGGUUUGAUGGCAUGGCUCUCAUGCACCAGUUCAAAAUAUCAAAUGGGCAAGUGACUUACAAAAGCCGCUUCCUAUCCAGCGACAGCUACCAGACCAACAAGGAGCAUAAUCGCAUUGCUAUAUCUGAGUUUGGGACUGUAACCAUGCCGGACCCCUGUAAAAAUGUCUUCCAGCGCUUCCUGUCAAGAUUUGAAUCACACAAGCCCACAGACAAUGCCAAUGUGAGUUUUGUGACCUACAAAGGUGACUAUUAUGUCAGUACAGAAACCAACAUCAUGCACAAGGUGGACCCUGACACACUGGAGACUGAAAAG